AACCUGCAAGUUUCAGCCAGAGAUUGCUCUUUCAACUGUCCGGCUAAUUAUAAAAGGCAGCGGUGGAAAUUGUAAGGAUGAGAUUCUUUUGGUACAUUCAUUUCUUUCUGAAUGGAGGUAAAAGAAUCUGUGGUAAUGAACCUAGAGAUAGCGUGAAAGUGGUAUGGGAGGGAUCAGAACCGGAAAGCUGUUAUAAUUCUCAUCCAUAUUUCCUAAGGGCAAUGCUUACAAUAUUAGAUAGCCGAGUAAAUAAAGCUGGACGAUUAAAAGCGUUGUAUGUGAAGACUGAAAAAGGUGUCCUAUUUGAAGUAAAACCUCAUGUUCGUAUCCCCGGGACAUUUAAGCGAUUCGCUGGUAUCAUGUUGCAGCUGCGACAAAAGCUGAGCAUAACUGCUGUUGGUAAGCGAGAGAAACUGUUACGUGUUAUAAAAAACCCUGUCUCUCAGUACCUACACAUUGACUGUCGGAAGAUAGGCUUCUCACAUAGUUCUGAGAAACUGGUGGAUAUUCAAGACUACAUUAAUGGAAUUAACAAUGACAUGAACCUUGUUUUUGUGGUCAGGGCAAUGGCCCAUGGAAAAAUUGAAAAAGAUUAUGUCGAAGAUUAUUUAUCAUGUAAGCUAAUUGUUCCUCUUUUCUUUUUUAUUUUUCAUCAAUACUAAUUAGAGUGCUAUAGUUUGAUAUUUCUGCCCGUCUUUGUUAUGCAUGGUUAGUCUUUAAUGCUUAGCAAUGCGAACAUCUGUUGCUUGUGUCUUUGUAUGUUCAAUUUGUGACACUAGAAUGUUAUUGAUCUCCUGAAUGUUAGAAGUACUAAUCAAGAGCCACUUAUGACUUUGGCAAAUAAAAAUCAAAUAGGUUAUCGCUGCUGUAGAUAUUGGUUAGAAUGUUAAAACACGGCGAGAGAGAAAUGUUUUCUCCCUAUGAGUUGUUUGUUUCAGUAUCCGCUUGUCAAUGUGGAAGCAAUAGGGGUUCCAAACUGCACCUUAACAUACUUGAUGCUUCUAACCCCCGAUGUCAAAUAUGAAAGUCUUACGAGUUAGAACCUAGUCACCUUUUUUUCUAUCCUCUGUAAAUCCGACCUUAGCUUCUUUAAGAGGUCAAGAAUGCAUGCAUAUGUUGUGUCAUGGGCGGCUUUCCAACCAUGCCCCAUGACUCCUUGGACGCGCCCCGUGACGUCCUGGCCAGCCUCCCAACGCCCGUCGCCAUGGUCGGCCCCGUGGUCUCGGCAGCUCCAAGUGACAAGCACGCAUGUGCCUCUAUCGCCCCACCGAUAGCCAUCGCCAGCGCCCAGUCACAGGCAGAUGCCAACAACGCCGCGCGCGUAGACAAUGCCG